AUGGAGUCCCCCGUACAGAUUUUCCGUGGGGAUAUGGGCCCUACCUGCCCCCCAGGCAACUGCCUGCUUCCCAACAGCAGCAACUGGUUCCCAGGAUGGGCAGACCAGGACAACAACGAGAGUGACAGCUAUGAGGACCAGCAGCUGAACCAUACGCACAUCUCCCCUGUCAUUCCCAUCAUCAUCACUGCGGUCUACUCCGUGGUGUUUGUGGUGGGCUUGGUGGGCAACUCGUUGGUCAUGUUUGUGAUCAUCAGAUAUACAAAGAUGAAGACAGCAACCAAUAUUUACAUAUUUAAUUUGGCUAUGGCAGAUGCAUUGGUUACUACCACUAUGCCUUUCCAAAGCACCGAAUAUCUGAUGAAUUCUUGGCCCUUCGGAGAUGUGCUUUGUAAAGUUGUGAUUUCUAUCGACUACUAUAAUAUGUUUACCAGCAUAUUCACACUGACCAUGAUGAGUGUCGACCGUUACAUUGCAGUGUGCCACCCUGUCAAGGCUUUGGACUUCCGCACUCCCUUGAAGGCAAAGAUUAUCAACAUAUGUAUCUGGUUACUAUCAUCCUCUGUUGGUAUUUCUGCUAUAGUUCUAGGGGGAACCAAGGUCAGAGAAGAUUUAGAUACCAUUGAAUGCUCUUUGCAGUUCCCAGAUGAUGAUUACUCUUGGUGGGACCUCUUCAUGAAGAUCUGUGUCUUUGUUUUUGCGUUUGUGAUUCCAGUUCUUAUCAUCAUUGUUUGCUAUACUUUGAUGAUCUUGCGCUUAAAGAGCGUGAAGCUACUCUCUGGCUCUCGAGAAAAAGAUCGAAACCUCCGCCGAAUCACCAGACUUGUUCUGGUGGUGGUGGCAGUCUUUAUAAUCUGUUGGACCCCCAUUCAUAUAUUUGUACUGGUUGAGGCCCUGGGGAACACCUCCCAUAGUACAGCAGCCCUUUCUAGCUAUUAUUUCUGCAUAGCUUUAGGGUAUACCAACAGUAGCCUAAACCCCAUUCUCUAUGCUUUCUUGGAUGAAAACUUCAAAAGAUGUUUCAGGGACUUUUGUUUCCCAUUUAGGAGGAUGGAGAGGCAGAGUACCAGUAGAGUCCAAAACACAGUUCAGGACACUCCCUACAUGAGGGAGGUUGAUGGGAUAAAUAAACCUGUAUGA